UUUCCGCCGUGUCAUCCAGCCAGCGCCGGGGGAUCCCUUCGCCUCAGUUCCUCGUCCACUCGAGAAAGAAAGUCGAAGGUCGUGGCCUCUUUCCCGCCCGCCCUCCGAGUCUUCCUGGGCGGCGGGAGUAUAAAGGCGCCGCUCCCGAGACACGCCGUCAGUCGUCUCGCAGCGAACCAACCCCAAACAUGAAUCGAGUUCUCUUCACCGUCGUGGUCCUGUCCCUCGUGGUCGCCUUGGCCGCCGCCGGUGGAUUUGGCGGCGGACACGGAGGCGGAUUUGGCGGCGGACACGGAGGCGGAUUUGGUGGUGGCCACGGAGGCGGAUUUGGCGGUGGUGGAUUCGGAGGAUCUGGAGGCUAUGGAGGCAGAGGAUUUGGAGGUGGACAUGGAGGAUUUGGUGGAGGAUUCGGAGGCGGUCACGGAGGAUUCGGAGGCGGUCACGGAGGAUUCGGAGGCGGCCAUGGAGGAUUCGGAGGCGGCUUUGGAGGUCGAUAUGGGAAGUAAACUACUCGACGUUCUGUCAGCACGAGAGAAUUGUAUAUUGAGGAAUGCUUUCCUAUUUUUAUAAUAAAGUAUACAUU